AACAGUUUAAGUACAGUUGAUAUAGUUGAUGCGCAAUCAAAAUAUGGUUUUUGGGGUUGGAAUUUGUGGCGUCAACCUAUGGGUUUCAUCGUUUUUCUAAUUUCUUCGCUAGCAGAAUGUGAAAGAUUACCUUUUGAUUUACCAGAAGCAGAAGAAGAAUUAGUAGCUGGUUAUCAAACAGAAUAUUCAGGUAUUCGAUUUGGUUUAUUUUACGUUGCUUCCUAUUUAAACCUUUUAAUUUCUUCAUUAUUUGUAACAGUUCUUUACUUGGGCGGUUCAAAUAUUUCUAUUCCGUACAUAUUUGUUUCUGAAUUUUUUGAAAUAAAUAAAACAUACGGAGUUUUUGGAACUACAAGUGAUCUCUUUAUUACAUUAGCUAAAAGCUAUUUUUUCUUAUUCGUUUCUAUCAUAACAAGAUGGUCUUUGCCUAGGCUAAGAAUGGAUCAAUUAUUAAAUCUUGGAUGGAAAUUUCUUUUACCGAUUUCUAGAAAGAAAUCAAACAAAACUAUACUAUUCAUAGAUAUUUACGAUAUGUUCCUUAUGGUAACUGGGUUCAUGAAUUAUGGUCAACAAACACUACGAGCUGCAAGGUACAUUGGUCAAAGUUUCAUGAUUAUCUUAUCUCACGCAAAUCGUUUACCUGUAACUAUUCAAUAUCCUUAUGAAAAAUUAAUCACAUCAGAACGUUUCCGCGGGCGAAUCCAUUUUGAAUUUGAUAAAUGCAUUGCUUGUGAAGUAUGUGUUCGUGUAUGUCCUAUAGAUUUACCCGUUGUUGAUUGGAAAAUGGAAACGGAUAUUCGAAAGAAACGAUUGCUAAAUUACAGUAUUGAUUUCGGAAUCUGUAUUUUUUGUGGUAACUGUAUUGAGUAUUGUCCAACAAAUUGUUUAUCAAUGACUGAAGAAUAUGAACUUUCAACUUAUGAUCGUCAUGAAUUGAAUUAUAAUCAAAUUGCUUUGGGCCGUUUACCAAUGUCAAUAAUUGAUGAUUAUACAAUUCGAACAAUUCAAAUCAAAAAAGACAAUUUUUUAUAAUUAAAUACAAUUCUAAAAAAAAAAAGAAUAUUCUAUAUAUAAAUCGAUAAUAUAUAGAAUAUAUAAAUAGAAUAAUCGAAAUAAAAUAUUUUCAAAAAU